AUGGAGCCAUCCACGAGCGCCGAAGCAGCUGCAGCCGCUGCCGGCGGUGGGCCGGAUCCACGUUUGGAGCUGAUGGGUUCCUUUGUCAUCAAGUCCCUCAAACUGAAGCCGGAGAAAUGGACGCGUGUCAUCACCGUGGAGGAGCACAAGGGCAUUAUUAAGGAGUUCUUGGAUCGAAAUACACCGGUAGUGCUCAUCAUUAUAUUGACAACCGCUGCCCAAUUGGUGCCCUCCACCACCUUUCCGCUGUCGCAGCUCAAGAGCAAGGGGGUGUACUUCAUAAAGAAGUACGCCAAGCCGAUACCACGCGAGCUCUGUGAGAAUUUCAUUAUUUUCGGCGACUUGGCAACGCGCACCAUCGACCAACUGUCCGCCCUGGUGGAGGAGGUGGUUGUGCCUCUGCUCUCCAACGAGGACAAUUACAGGGCCUGGCCCACUAUGGUGGCGCAGGAUGUGCAGAAGCAUGUGCAUAGCCUAAAGAGUACGGUGCACCAGGUGAAGGGUCAGGUGAGCGGUGAAACUAUUCUGGCCAUGCCUGUGGGCGUCGAGAAAAUUGUCAAGGCCGCCAAGGAGUUGGUCGAAACCGAACAAUGCCAGUUCGAUCUGUAUCUGAAGAGCGCCAUCGAGGGUGUGGUCAUCAAGUGGGCGACACAGAUCCAUGAGGUCAUCAAGGAGAGUCCGUCGAAUGCCUUCGCCAAUGGCCAGAAUCCCACGCCCCACACAGAAUUUACAUUUUGGAAUAAUCGCCUUAAGAACCUAUCUUUUAUCUACGACCAAUUGCGCAACGAACGUAUCCGUGCCAUGGCAAUAAUACUUGAAUACUCGCUAAGUGCCUACCAUCCGUGCUUUCAAACGCUCUUCAAGAACGUCGUUACGGCACUCGCCGAAGCAAAGGACAUAACACUCUAUUUAAAUCCAUUGAAACGUCCAUUGCAACAGCUGGAGGAAAUAGAUUUUGCGGAAAGCAAGCCACUGCUCAUCCCCUUCAUGAAUAUCGUCUGUAUUCUGUGGGGAAACUCGCGCUAUUAUUGUCAGUCAUCGAAAAUAACGAUUCUGUUGCAAGAGAUAUGCAAUCUGAUUAUCCAUCAGGCCAAACGCUAUUUGGAUCCCUCGUCAAUUUUUCACAGCGACAUCGAUGAGGCCAUGCAACGCCUCACUCUCUCCAUACAGAUACUGAAGUUCUUUCGGGAGCUUUUCGAUUAUUAUAAGGAACGUUUGGCCGAUUUCUUUACAGAGCCCGAGGAGCGGCCACCGAUUUUCUGGACUUUUCAUCCAAAUUCAGUUUUCAAGCGCUUUAAUGCAUUCCUAGAGCGUUUAACAACCAUACAAUGGUUCUUCUUUACUGUGAUUGAAUUCCUGAAAUUAGAGAAAGUCGAAAUCGGUGGCUUGCGUGGUCGUCAGCUCAGCACACGCAUUACAGAUGUCUAUGUCGAGUUCAAUCAAUAUUUUACAGCCUUUGCGUCCAAAAGCUACGAUGUGCUGGACCCAGACGAUCAUGACUUUGACGAUGACUUUAAGGGCUUUCAAACCCGUAUACUUGAACUAGAUAUGAAGUUGGCCGCCAUAUUGUGCCAGGCCUUUGAUGAUUGCCACAAUUUGGAGAGCAUUUUUAAGCUCAUUAGCAUUGUGGGUAGCGUUUUAGAUAGACCCAAAAUUAGAGAAGAAUUCACACAACGCUAUGCCGAAAUUCUUGAGAUGCUGAACGAUGAGAUGACGAUGUGUGAGGCCAUCUACGAGAAGCAAAUGGAACUGAGAAAGAUUGGCGAGAAUCUCUAUCCGGACUAUAACUGUCCACCUGUGGCUGCCUUCAUACGUUGGUGCAAUCAGCUGGAGACUCGUAUUACAGGGCCUGUGAAGAACUUCAAGGCGCUUCAGCAUGAAAUAUCAAAGUGUGAGAAGGCUCUAGAGAUAAUGGAACGCUACGAUCGCUUGAUCGAAAAGUUGGGUGCCUGUAAGACACAGUGUUUUGAGGAAUGGAGCUCCCAGCUAGCCGAACAAAUCGAGGAGAAUCUAAAGAAGUCGCUUAUUGCGCGCGGUCCCCAAGGCAACUCGUUAAUUUUAAACUUUAGCGCUGCCCUAUUCUCAAUACUGCGUGAGGUUCAUUAUAUGCAGCAAAUGAAAAUCGAAGGCAUACCCGAUAUAGCUAUAGAGUUCGCUGAGAAGAGCGAUGUCUUUCGUGGAUAUACGUUGAAUUUGGAGAAGACUAUCGAUUGGUAUAACAGCAUACAGGAGGCUAGCUCGCCGGUUGAGUUGCAAUUGAUUGGACCCGAAAUAAAAAUGAUUGAUGACCUUGUGGAGAUCGGUGUGGAUAACUUAGUCUGGAAUUCAGAAGACAUCUUGACGUAUUUGGAAAAGUUACGUAAGCCCGUUGCUGCUCUCCAAUAUCGCAUGGAUCAUACGCAGGGAAAUUUGCGGCAAAUACGCAAAAUUAUGAGUGUGUGGGCCAAGCAGCCGUUGUUUGAGCGUCGGGACUGCAAAAAGGAUUCGGUGUUGUCUAUUGACGAGCGACCUGAUCGCACCUCCAAGCGUUAUGCUGAGAUACAAGCGGCCUCCGUUGAGAUACACAAACUACUGCACGACAAUAUGCUGCAGUUCGACAUGGAGGAUAAACAGCAGGAUGAGGUCUGGCUCAGCUAUGUGAACUUUGUCGAUAACAUCGUCUACGAGAACCUGCUGCGCACUGUGGGCGUAAGUGUUGGGUAUUUAGCCGAGAACAUGGAUCCGGAGAACAAUUAUGCACCACUUUUUGAGUCCCGUCUGGAGCUAGUCGAACCCGAUCUUGUGUUUGUGCCCUCCCUUGAGCCGGAAGACCCGAUGGGCUUUAACAACAUGCUGAUUGAAUUAAUGCGCGAUAUUAUGAAAAUGGGUUCGCUAAUCAAGCGUCUGACUCACGAGAAGCGCAGCUAUGCUGAGAUUAUUAAAGAGAACCAGGACAUAAUUGAUAUGCGACGUGAAAUUCUGAACGGUGUGGACUUGGUAAUGGAGGAGGCAUCCCGUUUUUGUCGCCAGUUUGAACGCUACUCGUACCUAUGGCUGGAUGAUCGCGAGGAAUGCAUGGAAUACUUUUUGGAAUAUGGUCAUAUUUUGGAUCCCGACGAAAUCGAAUUAGUUUUGAUGAACGAUCCGAAUGCACCGAAGCCCUGUUUGCCAACCAUUGAGGCAUUCCGAGAGCAGAUCGAUAACUAUGAGUCGCUAUUCAAUGAGAUUGAGGAUAUAUCGCCAUUUCAAGUGUUUAGCUCGUGGUUUCAAGUGGAUGUGCGACCCUUUCGUCAAGCGCUGCUCAAUACAGUGUGCAAAUGGGGAAAUAUGUUCAAGGAGCAUUUGGUUACAACCGUCACAACCAAUCUAAUGGACUUAAGUCACUUCAUACACAAGGCCGACGAGGGUUUGCUGCAAACAGUGAAGGAGGGCGACUACGAGGGCUUGGUUAAUCUAAUGGCCUAUCUUAUGCAGGUUAAGGAGCGGGCCAUCAAGACAGAUGAUAUGUUCGAGCCGAUGCAGGAAACCAUACAGCUGCUAAAAUACUAUGACAUGGAUAUACCUGAGGAGGUGAAUGUGUUGCUUCAAGAAUUGCCCGAACAAUGGGCCAACACCAAGAAGAUUGCUUCAACGGUUAAGCAACAGGUAUCGCCACUCCAAGCCACUGAGGUGGUCAGCAUACGGAACAAGAUAGCGUUAUUUGAGGCCCACAUACAGCUCUUCCGGGAGGUCUUCAAGAAUUACGACUUCUUUCGCUUUGAUUGUCAUAAGCCAUACCAACUUAUGGAUCGCAUUAACGAUGACAUGUUUCUGUGCGAGAGCGAAAUGCGCGACAUACAAGAGUCGGGCAGUCUCUUCGAGGUCAAUAUACCAGAGUUCAAAGUGCUGAGGCAAUGUCGCAAGGAAUUACGCAUGCUUAAGCAACUCUGGGAUUAUGUUAAUAUUGUGCAGACCAGCAUCGAAGAUUGGAAGACUACGCCAUGGCGUAAAGUCGAUGUGGAGAAUAUGGAUAUAGAGUGCAAGAAGUUUGCCAAGGAUAUACGCUUGUUGGAUAAGGAAAUGCGUGCCUGGGACACUUUCAUAAAUCUCGAGUCGACGGUGAAAAAUAUGUUAACCUCAUUGCGCGCUGUGGGAGAGCUACAGAAUCCUGCCAUACGUGAGAGACACUGGAAUCAGCUGAUGAACUCGACAAAGAGCCUUGCCGCCUUGCCCAAGGAAGUGACCGUGAAAUUUAUAAUGGAUCAUGAGACAACGUUGGCAGAGCUUCUGGGCUUGAACCUGCACGAGUGCGAGGAGGAGGUGAAAAACAUUGUUGAUAAGGCUGUUAAGGAAAUGUCUAUGGAGAAAAUAUUGCGUGAUUUAAACACAACAUGGUCUGCGAUGGAAUUCGAUCAUGAACUCCAUCCACGCACUGGCUGUAAUCUCCUUAAAGCAUCGGAAGAACUCAUAGAGACGCUCGAAGAUAAUCAGGUUUGCCUACAAAAUUUAAUAACAUCCAAGUACAUCGCCCAUUUUCUCGAAGAAGUUUCAACUUGGCAAAAUAAAUUAAUGAUCGCCGAUCAAGUGAUAACCGUUUGGUUCGAGGUGCAACGCACUUGGACCCAUCUUGAGAGUAUCUUCAUGAGUUCGGAAGACAUACGCAAACAGCUGCCCGUCGACUCGGAUCGUUUCGAUAAUAUCGACGCCGAAUUUCGUAUACUCAUGGAUGAGAUGUGCGUCUCAUCGAAUGUUGUGGCCUCGACUAAUCGAUCUGGGCUAAUCGAACGUUUGGAGCAUUUGCAGAAGGAGCUUACACUUUGCGAAAAGGCACUGGCAGAGUACUUGGAAACGAAGCGUUUGGCUUUUCCUCGUUUCUACUUUGUAUCAUCGGCCGAUCUUCUCGAUGUCCUAAGCAAUGGCAUCCAACCGGAAAUGGUGACCAAACAUCUAACAAAAUUAUUCGAUUCGAUCGCACGCUUAAAAUUCAAUCGCGAUACGGCCAAUGAGAUAGAGACAGCUUCGGGCAUGUAUGCCAAAGAUGGCGAAUACGUUGAGUUCAACGAGCUGGCCAGCAUACGCGGGCCGGUUGAGGUGUGGCUGAAUCGUAUACAAGCGGCCAUGCGAGCCACCCUGCGACACUAUGUCACAGAAGCUGUGGUCGCUUAUGAGGAAAAGCAACGCGAACAGUGGUUAUUCGAUUAUCCUGCACAGGUGUCGCUCUGUGGAUCACAAAUCUGGUGGUCGACAGAGGUGAACAUUGCCUUCAGCCGUUUAGAGGAAGGUUACGAUAAUGCCAUCAAGGACUACUAUAAGAAACAGAUCUCACAACUCAGUUUACUCAUAACACUGCUGCUGGGCGAGCUGACCAAGGGUGAUCGUCAAAAAAUAAUGACGAUUUGCACAAUUGAUGUGCACUCACGAGACGUGGUCGCUAAGAUGAUUCAGGCCAAAUUGGAUUCAGGUUCGGCUUUUAUGUGGCAAUCGCAGCUAAGGCAUCGCUUCGACGAUGUAGAGAAGGAUUGCUUUGCCAAUAUUUGCGACGCUGAGUUCCAGUAUUGUCACGAAUACUUAGGCAAUACGCCACGACUGGUCAUCACGCCUCUGACAGAUCGCUGCUACAUUACACUAACACAGAGUCUACACUUAAUUUUGGGCGGUGCGCCUGCAGGUCCAGCUGGAACAGGGAAAACAGAGACUACAAAGGAUCUGGGACGUGCCAUUGGAAUAAUGGUGUACGUGUUCAAUUGCUCAGAGCAAAUGGACUAUCAGUCGUGUGGUAAUAUUUACAAGGGUCUAGCCCAGACAGGGGCCUGGGGCUGCUUCGAUGAGUUCAACCGCAUUACUGUCGAGGUGUUGUCUGUGGUGGCAGUGCAGGUGAAGUCUGUGCAGGAUGCGAUACGUGACAAAAAGGACAAGUUUAAUUUUAUGGGCGAGAUUAUAACCUGUGUGCCCACAGUUGGCAUAUUUAUAACCAUGAAUCCCGGCUACGCGGGUCGCACAGAGCUGCCGGAGAAUUUGAAGGCACUUUUUAGGCCGUGCGCCAUGGUGGUGCCAGACUUUGAGCUGAUCUGCGAGAUUAUGUUGGUCGCCGAGGGCUUUCAAGAUGCACGAAUAUUGGCGCGUAAGUUCAUCACACUCUAUACACUCUGCAAGGAGCUGCUUUCCAAACAGGAUCACUAUGAUUGGGGAUUGCGCGCAAUUAAAUCUGUAUUGGUCGUUGCUGGAUCGCUGAAGCGUGGUGAUCCUGGCCGUCCUGAGGAGGAGGUCCUUAUGCGUGCCUUGCGCGAUUUCAAUAUACCAAAAAUAGUUACCGAUGAUAUGCCCGUGUUCAUGGGGCUCAUCAGCGAUUUAUUUCCCGCUUUGGAUGUGCCGCGCAAACGUGAUCAGGACUUUGAACGCACCGUAAAACAAGCUGCCUCCGAUUUGCUACUACAACCCGAAGAUAAUUUUAUAUUGAAAGUGGUGCAACUGGAGGAACUGUUGGAGGUACGUCACUCUGUGUUCAUCGUUGGCAAUGCUGGCACUGGAAAGACACAAGUGUGGAAAACGCUGCUGCGCACCUAUCAGAACAUCAAGCGCAAGCCCAUUUUCAAUGACUUGAACCCGAAAGCCGUGACCAAUGACGAACUUUUCGGCAUUAUAAACCCAGCUACGCGUGAAUGGAAAGACGGCCUCUUCUCGGUACUGAUGCGGGAUCAGGCAAAUAUCGCGGGUGAUCAACCAAAAUGGAUAGUCCUAGAUGGUGAUAUUGAUCCCAUGUGGAUCGAGAGCUUAAAUACCGUCAUGGAUGAUAAUAAGGUCUUGACUUUGGCGAGCAAUGAACGUAUUGCUUUGACGCCUUCAAUGCGCUUGCUUUUCGAAAUCUCCAAUCUGAGAACAGCAACACCGGCAACUGUAUCCAGAGCCGGCAUAUUGUAUAUCAAUCCGCAGGACUUGGGUUGGAAUCCCUAUGUAACCAGUUGGGUUGAGACGCGCAAAAUUCCAGCCGAAAAGUCCAAUUUGGUCAUGUUAUUCGAUAAGUACAUACCAUCAUCAUUGGAGACGAUACGCGUGCGUUUUAAAAAGAUCACGCCUAUCGCCGAAAUGGCCCACAUACAAAUGUUGUGCCAUCUAUUGGACUGUUUUCUAAUACCAGCGAACACACCGGCCGAUUGUCCAAAGGAAUGGCAUGAGCUCUACUUCGUGUUUGCCUGCAUUUGGGCCUUCGGAUCGGCUAUGUUCCAGGAUCAAGCCAUUGAUUAUCGUGUGGAGUUCAGCAAAUGGUGGGUAAAUGAGUUCAAAACAGUUAAGUUCCCAGCAGGUGGCACUGUUUUCGAUUAUUUUUUGGAUAGCGAGACUAAGACAUUUCUGCCCUGGAUCGAGAAGACACCCAAAUUCGAGCUGGACUCUGAUCUGCCAUUGCAAGCUGUACUCGUGCACACCUCCGAGUCCAUUCGCUUGCGUUUCUUUUUGGACUUACUUAUGGAUAAGAAGCACCCGGUGAUGCUAGUCGGCAAUGCCGGUUGCGGCAAAAGUGUUUUGGUCAACGAGAAGCUUCAAUCGCUUUCUGAGAAUUUCGCUGUCACCACAAUACCAUUCAAUUACUACACAACGUCCGAAAUGUUGCAAAAGAUAUUGGAGAAGCCGCUGGAGAAGAAAGCGGGACGCAACUUUGGACCGCCCGGCAAUAAAACCUUGAUAUACUUCAUCGACGACAUCAAUAUGUCGGAGGUAGACUGCUACGGCACCGUACAACCCCACACUCUAAUGCGCCAGCAUCUUGAUUAUGGCCAUUGGUACGAUAGGAACAAACUAACUCUCAAGGAUAUACACAAUUGUCAGUAUGUGGCGUGCAUGAACCCAACUUCGGGCAGCUUUACCAUCAAUCCGCGACUCCAACGCCACUUCUGCGUAUUAGCUGUCAGUUUUCCGGGACCCGAUUCGAUAACCGUCAUGUACUCGGCCAUCUUGUCUCAACAUUUUGCGAAUGCCGAGCAGAAAUUCAUUCCGAUCGUAACACGCAUGACGCCAAAUAUUGUGGCCGCAACCAUAGCGUUGCACAACAAAUGCCUCCAGAUAUUCCUGCCCACGGCCAUAAAGUCACACUAUAUAUUCAAUUUGCGCGACAUCAGCAAUGUAUUUCAAGGUUUACUCUUCAGUUCAACAGAAUGCCUAACGGGCUCUACAGAUCUUAUACGUUUGUGGCAACAUGAGACACAGCGUGUCUACGCCGAUAAGCUAACCGAUGAUAAGGAUAUUGAUAGCUUUACUAAAAUGCAGCAUGACAUUGUUAAGAAAUCGUUCGAGGAAAUUGACGAAUCCGUAAUAUUCGACAAACCGAAUAUCUAUUGUCAUUUCGCUGGAGGAAUUGGUGAUCCUAAGUACAUGCCCAUCAAGGGCUGGCCUGAGCUUCACAAACUCCUUCAGGAAGCAAUGUCAUCGUAUAAUGAUCUGGUCGCUGCCAUGAAUCUGGUGUUAUUCGAAGAUGCGAUGAUGCAUGUGUGCAGAAUCAAUCGCAUAUUAGAAUCACCGCGUGGCAGCGCUUUAUUGGUUGGUGUUGGUGGCAGUGGUAAACAAUCUCUAGCGCGCUUGGCAGCAUUCAUAUCCAGCUUGGAGGUCGUGCAGAUACAGCUUAAGAAGGGCUAUGGUGUCAACGACUUGAAGAUUGAGUUUUCCGGUUUGUAUCUGAAAGCGGGACUUAAAAACGUCAGCAUCAUGUUCCUAAUGACGGAUGCGCAAAUUCCCAGUGAGGAUUUUCUUGUCUUAAUCAACGAUAUGUUAGCCACUGGCGAGAUUCCAGAUCUAUUUCCGGACGACGAAAUCGAGAACAUAAUCGCUGGCGUGCGUAAUGAGGUCAAAGGUGCGGGGCUGGUUGAUACGCGAGAAAACUGCUGGAAAUUCUUCAUCGAUCGUGUACGCAAGCAACUGAAGAUAGUUCUGUGUUUUUCACCAGUGGGCUCAACAUUGCGUGUUCGGUCGAGAAAAUUCCCUGCCAUCAUCAAUGCAACGUCCAUCAAUUGGUUCCACGAAUGGCCUCAAGAGGCACUCAUAUCGGUUGCCAUGAACUUUUUGGCACAGAACAAAGUACUGCCUGACAAUCAUCGGGACUCUGUUGCUAAAUUCAUGGCAUAUGUCCACACAGCUGUAAAUUCCACAUCCAAAGUUUAUUUGCAGAACGAGCGCCGUUACAACUACACAACUCCCAAGAGCUAUCUCGAGCAAAUAAAUCUCUAUUUAAAGCUACUGAAUCACAAAAACCAGGAUUUGCAGAGCAAAAUCGAGCGUCUGGAAAAUGGAUUGGAGAAGCUUCGUUCCACGGCCGUCCAGGUGGCCGAUUUAAAAGUUAAGCUAGCCGUUCAGGAGGUCGAGCUUAAAGAGAAGAACGAGGCGGCCGAUGCUUUAAUUGAAAUUGUGGGUAUUGAAACGGAGAAAGUGCAGACGGAGAAAGCGGUGGCGGAUGAGGAGGAAAUGAAGGUUGCUUUGAUAGCGGACGAAGUCAGCAAGAAACAACGUGAUUGUGAAGAGGAUCUAUUAAAGGCCGAACCGGCGCUUCUCGCAGCCCAGGAAGCCUUGAACACGUUGAACAAAGCGAAUCUAACGGAAUUAAAGAGUUUUGGUUCGCCCCCGGGUGCGGUCACAAACGUAACAGCCGCCGUUAUGGUAUUGCUGGCUCCAGGUGGAAAACUGCCCAAGGACCGCUCCUGGAAAGCUGCAAAAAUUUCGAUGGCAAAAGUCGACGCCUUUCUAGACGCAUUGAUCAAUUAUGACAAAGAAAACAUACAUCCUGAAAUCAUUAAGGCUAUACAACCAUAUCUAAAGGAUCCAGAAUUUGAGCCCGAAUUCGUGCGCUCCAAGUCAGGUGCAGCGGCCGGUUUGUGUGCUUGGGUUAUCAACAUUAUCAAGUUUUAUGAAGUCUAUUGCGACGUGGAGCCCAAACGUAAGGCGUUAGCAGCCGCCAAUGCAGAGUUGGCUGCUGCUCAGGAUAAGCUUGCGGGCAUUAAACGCAAAGUGGCGAGUCUGGAGGAACAACUAGCUAAGCUAACAGCCGAUUUUGAGAAGGCCACGGCGGACAAAUUGCGUUGCCAGCAGGAAGCUGAUGCCACGCAAGCAACCAUAGCAUUGGCUAAUCGUCUUGUAGGUGGUCUAGCCAGCGAGAAUGUGCGCUGGGCAGAGGCUGUCAAUAACUUUGUCAAGCAGGGCAUUACGCUUCCCGGCGACAUUCUACUGAUUACCGCCUUCAUUUCCUAUGUUGGCUGUUUCACGAAAGGAUUUCGCAUCGAUUUGCUGCAAAAGAUGUGGACACCCUUCCUGAAGGGCAUCGAUCCUCCCAUACCCACAACCGAAAAUCUCGAUCCACUCUCGCUGCUGACAGAUGACACAACCAUCGCCGUUUGGACAAACGAGGGCCUGCCGAGUGAUCGCAUGUCCAUUGAGAAUGCAACCAUUCUUUCCAACUCUGAUCGCUGGCCACUGAUGAUAGAUCCCCAGCUGCAGGGUGUGAAAUGGAUUAAACAGAAAUAUGGCGAUGAACUUAAGGUUAUCCGUUUGGGUCAGCGCAGCUAUUUGGACAUCAUAGAGAAGGCCAUAAACACGGGUAGCACUGUCUUGAUUGAGAACAUAGAUGAGAACUUGGAUCCUGUUUUGGAUUCAUUGCUUGGUCGUAAUCUCAUCAAAAAGGGAAAAGCUAUUAAAAUCGGCGACAAAGAGGUCGAGUAUAACUCCAACUUCCGUUUGAUCCUGCACACGAAACUAGCAAAUCCACAUUAUAAGCCCGAGAUGCAAGCACAAACCACACUUAUUAAUUUCACUGUUACCCGCGAUGGGUUAGAAGAUCAAUUGCUGGCGGAAGUUGUGAAGGCCGAACGUCCCGAUCUGGAGGAUCUCAAGGCCGAAUUAACCAAACAACAGAAUGACUUCAAAAUCAUGCUAAAGAAACUGGAGGACGAUUUGCUGUCGCGCUUAUCGUCUGCUGGUGAGAAUAUUUUAGGUGACACCGCUUUGGUGGAAAAUCUAGAGACCACAAAGAGUACAGCAUCGGAGAUUGAGGAGAAAGUGGCUGAGGCCAAGAUCACAUCGAAGGAGAUUGACAAGGCGCGUGAAUACUACAGACCAGCGGCGACCAGAGCCAGCUUGCUUUACUUCAUCUUAAAUGAACUAAACACUAUAAAUCCGAUCUAUCAGUUUUCCCUGAAGGCUUUUAGUGUAGUUUUCCAAAAGGCCAUAGCUAAGGCUGAACCAGGCGAAUCCUUGGAUUUGCGUGUCUCCAAUCUGAUCGAUUGCAUAACGUACUCGGUCUUUCAGUAUACUUCGCGUGGUCUUUUUGAAUGCGACAAACUGAUAUUCGCAUCUCAAAUGACUUUUCAGAUACUGCUUAUGAACGAGGAAGUAACAUCUGUGGAACUGGACUUCCUACUCCGCUUCCCGAUCAAACCGCAUGUGACAAGUCCUGUUGACUUUUUGUCAAACCAAUCGUGGGGCGGAAUAUGCAGUCUAGCGUCCAAGGAUGAGUUUAGGAAUUUGGACCGUGACAUAGAGACCUCAUCGAAGCGUUGGAAGAAACUGGUGGAAUCGGAACUGCCGGAGAAGGAGAAGUUCCCACAGGAGUGGAAGAAUAAAACGGCUCUGCAACGUCUUUGCAUGAUUAGAGCUUUGCGACCUGAUCGCAUGACUUAUGCUCUAGGGGAUUUUAUUGAGGAGAAACUGGGCUCCAAAUAUGUGGAAAGUCGAGCAAUGGAAUUUGCAAAAUCUUUCGAAGAGGCUAGUCCUUCAACACCCAUCUUCUUCAUAUUAUCGCCUGGCGUCAAUCCUCUGAAGGAUGUGGAAGCGUUGGGAAAACAGCUGGGCUUUUCCAUGGAUCUGGGCAAUUUUCACAAUGUAUCACUGGGUCAGGGUCAGGAGGCAAUUGCUGAAGCGGCCAUGGAUAUAGCAGCAAAGAAUGGACACUGGGUCAUACUACAGAACAUACAUCUGGUACGCAAAUGGCUGCCUGCCCUGGAGAAGAAGCUGGAAUAUUAUGCUGAGGGCUCACAUAAAGAUUAUCGCAUGUUUCUGAGUGCAGAGCCCGCAUCUACGCCCUCGGCGCAUAUUAUACCACAGGGAAUUUUGGAGUCAUCGAUUAAGAUCACAAAUGAACCCCCCACGGGCAUGCUGGCGAAUCUGCACAAGGCCCUCGAUAAUUUUACACAAGAAACACUGGAAAUGUCCGGCAAGGAGGCCGAAUUCAAGGCAAUACUUUUUUCGCUUUGCUACUUCCAUGCUGUGGUGGCUGAGCGCCGUAAAUUUGGUCCACAAGGUUGGAAUAAGAUAUAUCCGUUUAAUGUGGGUGACUUGAACAUAAGCGUAUCGGUUCUCUACAACUAUCUGGAGGCCAACGCAAAGGUGCCGUGGGAGGACCUGCGCUAUCUGUUUGGAGAAAUUAUGUACGGUGGACAUAUAACUGACGAUUGGGAUCGACGCUUAUGCAUCACCUAUCUAGAGGAGUAUAUGCAACCUGAUUUGGUGGACGGUGAACUUUUUCUGGCGCCAUCAUUUCCCGCCCCACCAAAUACCGAUUAUCUCGGCUAUCACACAUAUGUCGACGAAAUGAUGCCCGCCGAGUCGCCUUAUCUCUAUGGCUUACACCCGAAUGCCGAGAUAGGUUUUUUGACCACACGUGCCGAGAACAUUUUCCGCACCGUCUUCGAAAUGCAACCUCGGGAGGCUGGCGCUGGAGGCGGCGCCACUGUGACGCGUGAGGACAAGGUCAAACAAAUCGUGGAUGAAAUACUGGAAAAGUUGCCCGAGGAAUUUAACAUGGUGGAGAUAAUGAACAAAGUGGAGGAGCGCACGCCAUAUGUAAUUGUGGCUUUUCAGGAAUGCGAGCGCAUGAAUUACCUAACAAGCGAAAUGAAGCGUAGCUUGAAGGAGCUAGACCUCGGCCUUAAGGGCGAAUUAACCAUAACUUCGGAUAUGGAAGUGCUGGAAAACUCUUUAUUUUUGGAUCAAGUGCCGCCGAUUUGGACAUCGCGCGCCUAUCCAUCCCUCUUAGGUCUAAACAAUUGGUUCAUUGACUUAUGUUUGCGUUUGCGGGAGUUGGAGACUUGGUCAACGGAUUUUGUGCUUCCGUCUUGCGUCUGGUUAGCCGGAUUCUUUAAUCCCCAAUCACUGCUAACGGCCAUUAUGCAGAGUACGGCGCGUCGCAACGAAUUGCCGCUGGACAAGAUGUGUUUGCAAUGCGAUGUCACUAAGAAGCAGAAGGAGGACUUUACAACGGCACCGCGCGAGGGCGCCUACGUUCAUGGCAUAUUUAUGGAAGGCGCCAGAUGGGACAUACAGCAGGGUAUUAUAAUGGAGUCGCGUCUUAAAGAGCUCUAUCCAUCAAUGCCAGUCAUCAAUAUUCGGGCCAUUACCCAAGAUAAGCAGGAUUUGCGUAAUAUGUACGAGUGCCCCGUCUAUAAGACACGCACACGUGGACCAACCUAUGUUUGGACAUUUAAUUUGAAGACCAAAGAUAAGCCCGGCAAAUGGACGUUGGCCGGCGUGGCAUUAUUGCUACAAACUUAGCUGGAAUAUACCUAUAUCGACAUUUUUCCAAUUCAUUUUUCUCGAAUUAAAUU